UCAGACUUUUUGCACACUAAGAGAACAAGCUUAGGUUUGCAGAUUUUGAAGACUGAAAUUUCAGAAAGUCUUCAUCUUUUCGACGGGGUGGUUGUGUGGAGGUUGUUCGCUGUUGGCCGUUCUUGUUUUGCUCUCUCUGCUAUGGAGAAGACUCGUUAUGAAGAACUCACCGAGUCAAAGAGACAGAAUCUCCGCAAAACAGUGGAAAAACUCAAGGUUGAUGCGUCUGAAAUUAUAGCCUACUCUCGUCAAUUGAAGGGUUUACGUAAGCAUUUUGACACUGCUGAAGCCAAUAUUAACAAGAGGUCUCGAGAACUAGAGUUCAAGGAGAAGCAGCUGCAAACUCUGAGCUUAGAACUUGAAAAAAAGACUCAAACUUUUGAGGCAGAAAAGUCUAAAGCUGGUGAUUUGAAGAAGUUGGUGGAAGAGUACUCUGAAGAACUAAGGUCAAAGAGGAAUCAACUGAGUGAGAAACUGAACUCAUCGGCAAGGAUUCAGAGAGAGCUUGAGUUAAGGAGUGAACAGCUGGAACAGGUCAAGUCUGAGCGUGUGAGGCUUUGCAAUGAGGCCCUCAAGGUGGAAGAACGUAAUAGGGUAGUGAAAGAAGAAACAGCUAGUAAGACGGAAGAUUUGUCUCUGAUUCUUGACAAGAUUGAAGAAUCUAACAAACAGCUUGCGACAGCAGAUGAGCAACUAGAGUCGCAACAGAGACGGCUUGUCACUCGGUCAAUGGAGCUAGUUUCUACUGAGAAACUUUUGGGAUGUUUGAAGGAAUCCAUCAAACUUUCCAAUUGUGACCUUCAGCUGAAAGAAAAUAAGAUACAGUCACUAAACAGUUUGAUAAAGGAUUGUAGUAAAACGAUCGACAGGAAAUCCCAAGAAUUGGAUGAAAACCAAAAGCUGAUUGAGCAGCAGAUCAAUGAACUUGGUGUCUUGCAGAAUCAGCAUGAUACUAUCAAGAAGUUAAUCCAAGUACUAUCUGAAGAGCUUCUUGCUAAGGAGAAGAAACACGAGGAAAUUUUGGAGACUAUUUGCAGAAGCAACUCUGAAAUGGAAGUAAGGUCAAUAGAGAUUAAAGCAGCAGAGGCCGAAGCAACUGAUUUGAAUGUAAGGGCUGAAAGGUUUAGGCAAGAGGUCAAAGGUAAAGAAAAGGAACUAAAUCUGCUUAAAAAUCAGAUAGAGUCAGAGGAGAAGAAACUCAUUCAGCUUACAAGAGAAAUAGAAGAGGAGACAGAUAGGAAGAACAGAGAUUUGACACUGAUUCUUGACAAGAUUGAAGAAUCUGGUAAACAGCUUGCAACGGUAGAUGCGCAACUAGAGUCACGACAGAAGCUGCUUAAGAUUCGGUCAUUGGAGUUAUUUUCUGCGAAGAAGAAGUUGGGAUAUGUGAGAAAAUCCAUCAAGGUUUCCCUUUCUGACAUUAAGCUUAAAGGAAGGAGGAUAUAUUCAUUAAACAACAAGAUAUCAGUUUGUCGUAAAGCAGUUGACUCGAGAUCUGAAGAAUUGAAGGAAAUCAUAAAACUGAUUGAGCAACGAACCAAUGAGCUUGUUCUCUUGCGUAAUCAGCGUGAAUCUAUCUGUCAGUUAAUCCAGGGACAAUCUGAAGAGCUUGUUGUUAAAGACAUGGAGUUGGAAUGUGUUGCAGAAUCGAGCAACCACUGCAAGUUUGACAUUGAGGUCAAUGAAAAGAGGGUCCAAGCAUUAAACAAUCUGAUAACGAUCUCAGCCGAGCAGCUUGACAUGAAAUCUAAAGAACUUGGGGAAAUUCAAAGAGAACUUGAUGUGAAGAAGAAACGGCUGAGAGAUAUGAGCACUGUUCUUGUUAAGCAGGAGAAGCAGCCAACUGCAGCAGAAACUGAAACGGUUAAUGAAGAUGCUCUCGUGCAUCAUGACUUCCCAGCUUCUCUUUCGCGCAAUGAAGUUUCCAGUCUUCUUAGAGCUUUACCUAAUCCUGCAGAAUUUGUUCUGGGAGAAGUGCAGGAGCUUCAUAAUGUAGAUUUGGGUUUACAAGACACAUUGCUUGAGAUUUUGGUUCUUUUAUUUGAGGAGCUCACAAAAAUUCAACGAUCAGAUGAUCCUCAACUGCAGGAAAAAGCCACACAAGUGGCAACUUUUUGGAAAGGGAAGAUAUCUAUGGAUGCUCCAAAAUCAUCUCUCGAGGCCCUCGCCUUUCUUCUGUUCAUUGUGGUAUAUGGAUUAAGGAAAUUGAUCAAUGACGAAGAAGCUGCUUUACUUGCUUCGUCUAUUGCUCAUUAUGAACAGGCUCCAAGACUCUUCAAGUGUCUUAGUCUCAACACUGAAAUCCGAAGUUAG